CAAUACAUACUGUUCUGUGGGUGGCGUGUAUUUGCAAGCAAAUGGCGUUUUACACUAUUUACUAUUUAUUUAUCGUAAAAAUUCUAAAAUAAGUUUUGCGUGUAUUUGUAAUAUAUUAACAAAUUAAUAAUAUAGUAAGUAUUCUAAAAUGACAACUAAUGUAAGAGCGUCGGUUUCCCAAAUAUUGCGCAAUAAAGAUGAUGUUGGUGACGAUGAAGAUGAACCAAAGAAGAAGUCCAGAGAAGACUGGAGGAAGGCUAAAGAGCUUGAAGAAGCAAGAAAGGCUGGUACUGCACCGGCUGCAGUUGAUGAAACGGGCAAGGAUAUAAACCCACACAUCCCGCAAUACAUAUCAUCGGCACCAUGGUAUUACGGCACAAGUGGGCCCACGUUGAAGCAUCAACGGCCACAAGAAGAUCGGGAAGCGAAAUUCACCAAACUUGACACAUAUUACCAUAAAGGAGUUGAUGGUACUAAAGUUGCUACAAAGUUUCGCAAAGGUGCAUGUGAGAACUGCGGCGCAAUGACACAUAAAAAGAAAGACUGCUUAGAGAGACCUAGAAAGAUAGGUGCAAAAUUCACAAACGCUGGCAUAGCAGCAGACGAGUUCCAACAGCCGAACUUGAAUCUGAGUUAUGAUGGCAAGCGGGACAGGUGGAACGGGUACGACCCUGCGGAACAUAAGGCCAUCAUUGAGGAGUAUCAGAAGGUGGAAGAUGCCAAGAGGGAGUUGAGAGCACAGAAACUGGAACAAGACCCAUCAGCCAUGGAAGAAGGGGAUAUAGCCGAAGAAGACGAAGACAAGUAUGUGGAUGAAGUUGACAUGCCGGGGACAAAGGUGGACUCUAAGCAAAGAAUCACAGUGCGUAACCUGCGUAUACGCGAAGACACGGCCAAGUACCUCAGGAACUUGGAUCCCAACUCCGCGUACUACGACCCCAAGACCAGGUCCAUGAGGGACAACCCUAAUCCCGAGGCACAGGAAUCGGAGUACCUGGGCGAGAACUUCGUGCGGUUCACGGGCGACACGCGGUCGCACGCAGCGGCGCAGCUGUUCGCGUGGGACGCGCGCGCGCGCGGGCUGGACGUGCACCUGCUGGCCGAGCCCACCAAGCUGCAGCUGCUGCAGAAGCAGUAUCAGGACAAGAAGCAGCAUUUCAAGACGCAGGUGAAACAAUCAGUGCUAGAGAAAUACGGUGGCGAGGAACAUCUAAAAGCGCCACCAAAGGAAUUGCUGCUGGCUCAAAGUGAAGUAUUUGUGAGGUACAACAGGGAUGGCACCAGGGUUGAAGGUGGAGAGAAACAACUUGCCAAGAGUAAAUACGAAGAGGACGUGCUCAUAAACAAUCACACUAGUGUGUGGGGCUCGUAUUGGCGCGACGGGCAGUGGGGCUUUAAAUGCUGCCAUUCAUUUAUAAAGUUGUCAUAUUGCGUCGGAGAAGCAGGCAAAUCUAUAGUGCUCGAAGUAACAGAAGAAGAUAAAGCAUCUUCUUCAAAAGCCACGAUCAGCAAAGGAAAGGAAUCGUCCGAUAAGAUCGAGAAAUCGAAAGAAAAAUCAGAUGAAUCUUCAUCUUCGUCCGAGUCCAGUUCAAGCAGUUCGUCGGAUUCUGAACCGGAAAUCCGGUCUAAGACAGAGAAGACCAGUAAAAAAAAGAAGAAUAAGAAGAAAACAAAGAAAAAGAAGAAGAAGGAACUUAGGAAGGAGAAAAAGGAAGAAGAUAAAUUGAAGAAGGCUCUAGAAAUGGAAGAACGCAGCCAGAAGCGCGCGGAGCACUUACUUUCAAUCGACGAGCGCAAGAGACCUUACAACAGCAUGAUCGAGGUCAAAGCCCCCACUGACCAGGAAAUGGAGGCUUACAUGAUGAAGCGGCGAAGGGAAGAGGACCCCAUGAGUCAGUUCCUCUAGAUAAUAUGUAUAGUGUAAUUAGCGUAUGUCAUAAUUUAAAAUAAAAUGUAAUGAUAU